UGGACUCGCCGCCGCGCCAUGGCUCGCCGCCGCGCCGCUCUCCUAUUCGUCGCGCUCCUCCUCCUGUUUGCUCCCUCGCCCGCGCUCUCCGCCGCCGCCGGCACCAUCGUCUUCACCACGCUCGGCCGCAGCCGCUACGCCUUCGACAUCUUCGCCCUCCCGCUCAACCACCUCGCCCUCUCCUCCUCCACCUCAGCCGAGCUCCGCCUCACCGACGGCAUCUCGGUCAACUACAACGGCAACUUCGCCCCAUCCUCCGACGCCCUGCUCUUCGUCUCCGAGCGCAACGGCUCCCACAACCUCUACCUCUCCCCCAUCACCAAACCCCCCACCUCCCGCCGCCAGGCCCUCCAGCUCGACGACGACUCACCUUCUACCCCUCCGACGCCGCUGCUCCCCUGGUCGGACCCCGCCGCGCUCCGCGACCGCCCGACCCUCACCCGCGACGGCUCCCGCCUCGUCUACGUCUCCACGGCGCUCCCCUCCCCCGCCCCGCGCCGGAGCUGGGCGGCCGUCUACUCCGCCCGCAUCCCCCACUCCCCCGCCCACACGCCGCGCCGCCUCACCCCGCCCGGCAUCGCGGACUUCAGCCCCGCCGUCUCGCCCUCGGGGGACUGGACCGCCGCGGCCUCGCCCGGCGCCGACGGGUGGGCCGGCGAGGUGCAGGACCUCCGCACCGACCUCUACGUCUUCCGCACCUCCGACGGCUCCCGCCGCACGCUGCUCGUCCAGGACGCCGGCUGGCCGUGCUGGGCCGACGACGCCACGCUCUUCUUCCACCGCCGCGACGCCCACGGCUGGUACGGCGUGUACCGCGCCAGGAUCGCCAUCUCCCACGACGCGCCCUCUUCUACCUCCGUCGAGCGGAUCACGCCACCAGGCUUCCACGCCUUCACGCCCGCCGCCUCGCCCGGCGCGCCGGGGCUCGUGGCGGUGGCCACCAGGCGGCCGGGGUCCGACUACCGCCACAUCGAGGUGAUCGACCUGACCUCCGGCACCUACUUCGAGGUCACCAGGCCCGUGGCGCCGCGCGCGCACCACUUCAACCCGUUCGUGUCGCCGGACGGCGCGCAAGUCGGGUACCAUCGCUGCCGGGGCAGCGGGAACGGGGGCUCGCCGCCGCUGCUGCUCGAGAGCAUCAGGAGCCCGGCGCCGGACGCCUUCUCGCUCUUCAGGAUCGACGGCUCCUACCCUUCCUUCUCGCCCGACGGCAGGCAAAUCGCCUUCGUCGGCCUCCCGGGGCUGUACGUCGUCAACUCCGACGGCUCCGGUGGACGCAAGAAGAUCUUCUCCGGGAACGCCUUCCCCACGUCGUGGGACUGGAAGAGGAAAGGCGUCGUGUACACCAGCGUCGGGCCGGACUUCGCGAGCGAGAGCACGGAGGUGGACGUGGUGGCCGUGUCCCUCGGCGACGACGACGGCGACAACUCCUCCCAAGUCGCCAUCAAGAAGCUCACCGUCGGCGGCAAGAACAACGCGUUCCCGUCCCCGUCGCCGGACGGCAAGUGGCUGGUCUUCCGCUCGGGGAGGUCCGGGCACAAGAACCUCUACAUCAUGGACGCGGAGGACGGCGAGGCCGGCGGCAUCCGCCGCCUCACCGACGGCCCAUGGUCCGACACCAUGUGCAACUGGUCCCCGGACGGCGAGUGGAUCGCCUUCGCCUCCGACCGGCACAACCCGGGUGGCGGCAGCUUCAGCAUCUACAUGGUCCACCCGGACGGCACCGGGCUGCGGCGGGUGGUGCACAGCGCCGACGCCGGCAGGACGAACCACCCCUGGUUCAGCCCCGACUCCAAGAGCCUGGUCUUCACCUCGGACCUCGCUGCCGUCUCUGCCGAGCCCAUCUCCAACCCGCACCAUUACCAGCCUUACGGGGAGAUCUUCAGCAUCAACAUCGACGGCUCAGGCCUCCGCCGGCUCACCCACAACUCGUUCGAGGACGGCACACCGGCGUGGACGCCAUACUUUGUCCAGCCUCGGGAUGUUAGCGAGACGCUGCAAGCCUCCGGGAUGUGCGCCUUCCAGGACUGUCACUGGCUCGACAUAGAUGCCCAGCCUGAAGAUCAUGGCCUUCGCUACGCCCACGGCAACAAGAUCGGCUGCUAGAAUCUGUGUCCUGAUGAACUCAAGGAGAGCAUUCUGUAUUGUACAUAGCUGCUAGUCUGCUACAUAGCACAAAUCCUACUGUCUAAAUGU